AUGACACGAGAAGAUUCAACCAUGAAAGCCAUGGCGUCAUCGCCGGCGGCUAAGCCUAAGCCCACCACCACCCUCCGCGUGGCCGCCUUCAGCGGCUCCCUCCGCAAGGGCUCGUGGCACGGCGGCCUCAUCCGCGCGGCCCAGGAGCUGUGCGAGGAGUCCAUCCCGGGGCUGCGAAUCGACCACGUCGACAUCUCCGGCCUGCCGAUGGCGAACCCGGACCUGGAGACGGACGACGGCGACGGCUUCCCGCCAGACGUCGAGGCGUUCCGCGACAGGGUCCGCGCCGCCGACUGCUUCCUCUUCGCCUCGCCCGAGUACAACUACUCCGUCACCGCCACGCUGAAGAACGCGCUGGACUGGGCGUCGAGGGGCAAGCACAAGGGAUGGGCGGACAAGGCGGCGGCCAUCGUCUCCGCGGGCGGCAGCUGCGGCGGGGGCAGGGCGGCGUUCCACCUCCGCCAGAUCGGGGUGUUCCUCGACAUCCACUUCAUCAACAAGCCGGAGCUCCAGGUCAGGGCGUACGAGGACCCGCCCAAGUUCGACGCCGACGGGAACCUCGUCGACGCCGAGACCAGGGAGCGGCUCAAGCAGGUGCUCCUCUCGCUGCAGGCCUUUGCGCUCCGGCUCCAACAUUAA